AUGGUGACGGUGCGGUACAGCGCCAGCCUCAAGCUCGACGCAAACCAGCGCAUCAAGGUGGAGUUGAGCGGCCCUCACGACAGCAUCAAGGAGACCUUUGCCCCCAUCCAAGGCGCGCUGGAGCUUCCGUCCAAGGGCUGGCGGCCCGUGUGGUCGUUCCCAAUGGAGCGUCUGAGGGAGGUGGAGGCAGCCAUGAAGGGCAUGCAGGGCCUGGCGCUGAACGUGGACCCGCUACCCCAGGUGGUGCACAAGGUGCUGACCACCGCCGCGCGGCAGCCAGACGACAGCGCGCGCUACGACCGGCUGCAGGAGGUGGUGCUGGGACCUGAUGAGACGCUGGACGACCGAAUGAUGCCCUUUCAGCGCGAGGGCGUCAAAUUUGGCCUGGCGCGCGGCGGACGCGUCCUGGUGGGCGACGAGAUGGGCCUUGGCAAGACGGUGCAGGCGUGCGCGCUGCUGUGGUGCUACCGGGACGAGUGGCCGGCGCUGAUCGUGGCGCCAUCCUCGCUCAGGCGCGCAGGGGAGGGGGGCCCGGUGGGAGAGAGCGAGGCGCUGACGUGGGCGGCCGCGCUGUACGACUGGCUGAGGGUCACCGAGGACAGGGUGGCCUGCAUCCUCACAGGCGCAGACGUGAAGCGCUCGCUGGCGCGGCAGUUUGACGCGCUCAUCAUAUCAUACGACCUCUUCGCAAAGUGCGCCGACGAGCUGACGGCGGCGCGCAAGUUCAAGGUGGUCGUGCUGGACGAGGCACACCUCAUCAAGAACACAAAGGCCAAGCGCACCAAGGCGGCCCUGCCCGUUCUGCACGCCGCGCGCCGCACCAUUUUGCUAACGGGCACGCCCACCCUCAGCCGCCCCGCGGAGCUGCUGCCGCAGCUGCAGGGGCUGCUGCCUGGUGCGCGCAUCUCCAAGAGGGAGUACGCGGAGCGCUACUGCGAGCCCACCAAAUGGGAUGACAUGGCGGGCAGCAAGAACACAGAUGAGCUUCACCACCUGGUGGGGCGCAUCAUGGUGCGGCGCAAGAAGAACGAGGUGCUGCAGCAGCUGCCGCCAAAGAGGAGGCACAAGGGGCGGUGGGCCUGGGGAGGGUUGGCAGUGUGA